AACAGUACGCUUUGCCAUGUGAUGAAUUAGUAAAAAGAGGACCAACUGAUCUUGUGCCAGAACUCAUAUACUUGCUUAUUGUCAUACACCCAGUUUGGAAGGAACAGUAUCAAUUCCAUUAGUGCCAUCAGCUGAAACUAAAGAUUAUGCUUCAUUCAGGCAGUUGCAGUAGUGACAACUAUUUCUCCUAUGGCAAUGAAAUUGACUUGUUCAGAAUGCCUUGCACAAGACAAGAAGAAGAGCCGCCUCCUAUGAUGUUUUUGCACUACUCUCCUUCCCCAUUUCUGGACAUCAGCGAUUCGCUGUUGGGUCAUCACUUUGUGCCCCAACAAGAUAAAGAGAUCAUAGCUGAUGAUGAGAAUGAGACUAUUAUGGAAACUUCAAACCAGCAGGCCAUUAACAAGAGCGCCGAGGUGGCUAGAAAGGCAGCUGUAAAGAAAAGAGCAAACAACCUUAACCCUAACCCUAGAAAGAGAACUAGAAAGUCUGAUCGCCACAGCAAGAUUUACACGGCCGGCGGUCUGAGAGAUCGGAGAAUGAGAUUGUCUGUUCAGAUUGCCCGGAAGUUCUUUGACCUGCAGGAGAUGUUGGGCUUUGAUAAAGCAAGCAAAACAAUAGAUUGGCUCUUCUCCAAAUCAAAAUCCGCCAUCACAGAACUCACUAGGACGCGACCAAAUUACUGUUAUCAUGCCGGUGAGUUCAACAAUUUCUCAUCAGAAGAGAACCCAAAGGUUGUAACAUCGAAAGGUAAGCGAAACAACAGAAAGCCGAGAAAAUCAGCAUAUAAUCCUGACGCAAAAGAGUCCAGGGCCAAGGCAAGAGCUAGGGCAAGGGAGAGGACAAGAGAGAAAUUGAUCAUCAGAAGCCUUCAACAAAUGAAGCCGAUACCCGAAUGUGUUGAAGAACCAAGCCCUCGCCGAUUAGCCACUGCAGGCAUGGCUAAAAGAUUUUUGGACAUUACAGGCUCUGAUAUCCAGAGAAACCCUGCAGUUUCAGAUGGAGAAAUUAAUUCCAACAGCUUCCUGGGUAUUUUUGGAAAUUGGGACAUGACAAACUUGUUAGGAUUAUCAGGUAAUUUUCAUGAACAAAACCCUAUCUCCGCCUCUGAUAUUUGUUUUCAGUCUCAGUUUAGAGGACAACAUUUCUCUUGGCAGGACUCUGGAUGGCAAUGUUAAUUAAUCACGGUCCUCAGUU